UCUUCUUUAUUACCAGCUGACACCCCUCCAUUUCUUUAUUUACCGAAAGCUCACAAGUUAUCUUUUUCAUACUGUCCUUUUCAGAUUUAAAGCUCGUCGGUCUGCAAUGGAGAGGCAGGUUACGAUGGAUUCGAGUUCAUCCAAUGUUGGUGAUACCAGUGACGUGGCCAGUGACUUGAUGAAGGUGAUAGAGACCGUUGGAUCUUAUUCUGGAUUCAGGGUAACUCAAAGGAAGGAGUGUUUGAAUUUGGUGAGGAGAAUGAAGCUUUUGGUGCCACUCCUGGAGGAGAUAAGGGAGCUUAACGUAUCGGGUUCGGGUUUGGAUUCUCUGCUUAACUUGAAGAAAGCGCUGCUCGGAGCAAAGAAGUUGUUGAAGAAUUGUAGCUAUGGAAGCAAGAUAUAUUUGGCAAUGGAAAGUGAGGCAUUGACGUGUAGAUUUCAUGCUAUUUAUGAUAGACUGAGUCUGGCGCUUGAUGGCAUCCCUUAUGAUCAACUUGGAGUUUCAAUUGAAGUGAAAGAACAAGUUGAACUAAUGCGGAUGCAACUUAAAAGAGCAAAGAGGAGGACAGAUACACAAGAUAUGGAGUUAGCAAUGGAUUUGAUGGUGGUUUUCUCGAAAGACGAUGAACGGAACGCAGACAUCCCCAUACUCGAAAGGCUAGCACACAAGCUCGAAUUGCAUACCAUUGUAGAGUUAAAAGCUGAAAAAACAGCUAUAGGGAAACUGGUGAAACAGAGAGGUGGACAUAGUGAAACCAUGCAGCAAAUUGUAGAUCUUCUGGUAAAGUUCAAGCAAAUCGCAGGGAUCGGUGAAACUGUUUCGCUUGACGGUCCUGUUUCCACUAGAACUCUCCAAACAUGUCCGUCUCCUUUAAUACCUCAUGAGUUUCUAUGCCCAAUUUCAUUGGAAAUCAUGACAGAUCCUGUUAUUGUAGCAACCGGACAGACUUAUGAAAGAGACAGCAUUCGGAAGUGGUUGAAUUCGAACCAUCGAACAUGUCCGAAGACUGGACAAGCUUUAGAACACUUGUCUCUAGCACCGAAUUUCGCGCUCUUUAACCUUAUUAUGCAAUGGUGUGAGAAGAACAACUUUGAACUGCCCAAGAAAGAUAGCUAUGCAUCUUCAGUUAAUUAUUCUGCGGAAAUAAUGGAAGAAAUCUCUUCAUUGGUUCAAAAUCUAUCUUCAAGUCAGCCAAAUGUACGCAAAGAUGCUGUCGUGAAGAUCCGUAUGCUCUCGAAAGAGAACCCGGAAAACCGAAUUUUCAUCGCCAACAACGGCGGAAUCCCCCUUUUAGUUAAGCUAUUAUCCUAUCCAGAUUCCAACAUUCAAGAACACACUGUCACUGCCCUCUUGAACUUGUCAAUUGAUGAGACAAACAAAAGGCUUAUAGCCAGAGAAGGAUCAAUCCCCGCCAUAAUCGAGAUCCUUCAAAAUGGGACCGAUGAAGGUAGAGAGAACGCUGCAGCCACCUUGUUUAGCUUAUCGAUGCUCGAUGAGAACAAAUUUAUUGUAGGAAACUUCAACGGGAUCCCACCAUUGGUGGAUCUCUUGCAAACCGGGACAAUGAGGGGCAAAAAAGAUGCUGCCACUGCACUUUUUAACUUGUCUUUGAACCAAGCCAACAAGUCCAGAGCCAUCAAAGCAGGCAUAAUACCAUCAUUACUCCGAUUACUCGACGACAAAAACCUCGGUAUGAUCGACGAAGCACUAUCGAUCUUGCUACUUCUCGUGUCCCAUCCCGAGGGCCGGAACGAAAUCGGUCGAUUGUCGUUCGUCGAAACUCUGGUGGAAAUCAUUAGAAAUGGGACUCCUAAGAACAAGGAAUGCGCAGUGUCCGUUCUACUAGAGUUGGGAUUGAACAAUUCAUCCAUUACUUUAGCUGCUCUCCAGUUUGGUGUUUAUGAGCCCCUGAGAGAAAUAGCCGUUUCUGGAACAAACAGAGCUCAAAGAAAAGCAAAUUCUUUGUUACAACAUAUGAGUAUGUGUGAACAUAUUCCAUGAACUUCCUCAAAUGGUUCCAAUUUUUCAUAUGUAUUUUCCUUUUGGUUCAGUCUGUCAUUGUAAAAUUUGCAUCUUCACAACGUAUUAGGGAUUGUGAAUUUUGUGUAAGUUAAGUUAUUCAAUCUUUUUUUUAUUAAAAAUAUAUAUAUUUAUGA